ACAGCAGUAAACGUGUGAUGAUAAGACAAAUGUAAUAAAUGGUGUAUAUAUAUACUUGAAAAAUUUGCAAGCUAAUUCAUUGGUUUGCUAUUGAUUGAGGUUACUGAGAAAGACUAUUAGUUUCUUGAAGUUUUUUCCAAAAAAGUUAUUCAGCUGCAUGAUUAUUUAGCCACCUUUUGGAGAAAAUCUUGGACUAAAGAAAAAGAAGAAUCAGGAUGGUUGAUGUCACAAAUAAUGUAUUUGGCUUUGAGCUCUUUCAAAAACUCUAUCAUGAUGAUAUCUAUAAAAAGGAAGAUGUAAUAAUUCUAUUCAUGCACUGGUAUUUGACAAAAUCUGGAUUUAGAUGCAUUGGCAUAGGAGAUGAUGCAGCGUUUAAUGCAUCAGAAAAAGGUUCUGAAUUACUUCCAACAGAAUGGAAUUCACGUCCCAAUUAUGCACUACGUUAUGUAAAAGAUGGAAAAUUACAUGUUCUUCUUGGAGUCAAAUCAGAUACAGAUUUAUUAUUAAACUUGAUGAAUCACCAAGAGAAUUCUGUUUCUAACAUUUCGUUUCCUAUCGAGGAAACUGUAUCUGCAUUACAUGGACCUUUAGAGACUGUAAUACCAUCCUAUCAAACAAUUUUACAUAAUAUACAAAAAGAUUUUGUAAGUACGAUAUGCUCUAACGAAGCAGGGACCCAAACAACCGUACUAAAUAAUUCCGGAAGUUCCUCCGGAAGGAAUGAGAUUCCUCUCAUUGAUUCUCCAGCCAAUUCUCCAUUGAGGAUACCCGGUAAUUGGACAUUAAAUCGGCCUGAAUAUGUAGACGUAGGAAGUAGAGAUCUUGAUCCAUUUGGAGAAAGCGGAGGUAUGAUAUUCGAUCCAUUUAACACGAGGCGUCGUCAAAUUGGACGUUCACCAGGAGGCUUGGGAAUACCUGGAGUAUUGCCGCCAAAUGCGAUACCACCUGGUGCAAGAUUCGAUCCUUUUGGUCCACCUGAACUGGAUCCCAUGAGACCACAUCGUCGUAGACCCGAUGAUGACCAUUUAUCUCCUCCACAAUAUAAUGAUAUGUUUUUGUAAUAAGUUACAGAAAAUUAAAUUUGAUGAAA